AAUUAUUUUGAUAAGAAUAAAAACAAUUUUUAAUUCCACAAAUUAAGAAGCUUAUCAACUAAAGAAGAAAUAGCGGGGCAGCAAAAUCUUCGGUCUUUUUUUCUACAUUUUUUUUUUGUUUGGAAGAAUAUCCAUUAACAUGUUGUCAUUGUUUGGAGUUUCGUGCUACACAUUUUCCUUCAUUCAUUUUCUCUCUCCAAUCAAACAUCUCAACAUACAUUUUCUCAAAUGUUGUUUCUCAGAUUAUAUUUUUCUUUUAUCAUAAAGCAAGUAACUUGUUCAACAUAAUUUCAGAUAAGAAGAAGAAAUGGAGUAUGAUGUAAGCGAUCUCUACCCUUUGACAAGUCUGCAAAUUGGGGAUGUACAAUCUUAUCUUUCACAAGCAUACCUCUUUUUUGCAACUUAUAGUCAUAAAUUCUUGAUCUUGGUCGAUAAUCAUUCUUGGAGGAUGAAUAAUAAUCACUCAAAAUCUACCCAUCUGCGGGAGCUGUUCGCCACUAAGUACAGAACGUCACCCUUCAAAAACUCUAGGGUUUUGUUAAGACGUGUUAGUGCACGAUACAAAGAUAAUUCAAUUUCAUCAAAUGAUGAGAGGAAGAAAUUGUAUAGGUGGGUGUCUGUUGUCAAUUCUCAAAGACGGAGAGCAACAUCCUUCUUCUCCUUGGUGGAUUUACAUGUAGCUUUACAUGGGUUCAUUGUGUUCGAAGUUUGUUGGGAUGAUAUACGUGGUAUCAACUACUUCAGUGAGCUUCAGACAGAUAUAUCAAUGGCUUUUGAAGUGAAAUCAAUGAGGAAGUGGGAUUUCCACAGCAUUGACCAGGCUUCUAGUUGUAUCAAAACAUGGUUCUUAGGGUCAUCAUCAGAGAUUGAAUCAUUAUGGAAAUGUCUAAUGUUUCUCAAUGAUAAAGUUCCUUCACAAUCUCCCCGAAAAGUAAGAGUCUCUUUUAAUGAUUUGCUAUUAAAAAAUGAUGGAAAGCACACCAAGAGGCUGUCGAGUGAUGAUUUUUUUGAUGUCAGAGAAUGCAUUCAUCACGCAAGUGAUGAUUGCUGUGAGAGAUUACUCCGAGAGAAACAAACCGAGCAGAAGACACCAAGAAGACAACAGGAUACAGAUAUUGAUUCUUUGCACUAUGAAGAUACUCUACUGAAAUUCUACUUUGAUGACAGGGAUCUUCCUUUUACAUUCAAAAGAAUAAUAACAUCUGAUCUAAAACUUCUAACUUUACUUGAGUCGGGCCUUCCUUCUUGGGUUAUCUUCCUUCAAUCAUAUCCUUUAUUCUGCAAAGUGUAUCGACCUUGGAUGCGACCUCUAGUGAGAACACUUUAUGUAAUCAUCUCUCUUGUUACUUGCAUGAUCGGAUUCUAUGAUCUCUAUAAGAAUGUUCCAUUGUUGAAGGCAACUGCAUCGCAUAUCUGUGGGCCAUUCUUCAGCUGGAUAGAGGACUGGAAUAUGAUCUCCCGAGUUAGAUAUUUAGGAACAAUGUUGUUUAUUCAGAAUUUCGAGAAGGCAAUGCGAUGGUCUCUCAAAAUUGGCCGAGUCUUCAAAUUGUUGCUGUUGCUACUAACAAAACCAUUAAUGGAACCCCUUCAAGACCUAAUGGAGUAUACUUCACCCGUAUGGCUUCUUUUCUGUGAAGCAGGAUCAGAUUUGUACAGUUUGGUGUCAUUUGCUUUGAUAUCUAUGUAUGGCCUAGUUGUUGACCUAUUUGUGCUUCUAUUCUCACCAUUCCAGCUUCUGUUCUCGUACAUAACAACAAUAGUUUCCUUCUUCGGACCUAUAUUUGCUUCCUUGUGGGAACUUUGCCGUGUUCCACUCCAGAUGUGUUCUACGGUGACCAAUCAUGCCGCCUCCUUCUGUGGUAGCAUAUACAAGGUUUUUCAAGAGAUAGUGAUGCUCAUUGUAAACAGAGCAACUGAGGUUGGUCAUUUGGCUACAAAUUUAUCUAAAGCAAAGCCAACCACAACAGAAGUUUCCAUGUGGAGUUCUCUAUGGCAAGAUCUAUUUUCAAAGGUGUUUCGUUCUCUUCGGAGUAUUUCGUAUGGGUUAAUAGCAUUCUUGGAUACAUGUAACCGGCAUAGGCUUAGCACAUCCAACCAUCUCAGUGAAUACAUAAGGCGCAUGUCUGAACUAUUAUCAUCAGGAUUAGAAGCUUCUCAACGAGCACUUCCAGCAUCAGGACUGGAGGGUUCUCAGCGAGCACUUCCGGCAUCGGGAUUAGAGGGUUCUCACCAAACCCUUCCUGAGGAAAGUUGUCAGCAGCAAAACCCAGAAAAUCACAAACACCUUGAUUGAACAACAAAUUAGUCGUCACUUCAGCACAAUUACAAAUGUAGACAAACUCGCAUCUCAACUACCAAGAACUAACUCGAGUUUAUUGUCACUAAUAGUUUGUCUAGCCGCUAAUUCCAUUUUUGUGUCUGUGGAUACUGAUAAUUGGUUUCCAUUGAGCUAAUCUGUAACUGGUACAUCUUAGCAUUUUUAAUUCACAAUUUUGUAAAUUUUGUGCUUGGCAAAUUUCUACUUACUCCAAGUUAUAUGACUGACUCAUUUUAUAGGUUGUAUCUCAACAUGUAAGUAAUAAAGUUGAUCAGAGAACUGGUAUUCUGCACUCUGGUUUUAGUAA